GGGAAAGGAAAGGAGAGGCCCCCACAGAGUAUUGAGUGCUCAGCUCCAAAUACAGACAAAAGAGAGUUGCUUGCUGCAGUCAUUGCUGUAACGUUCGAAGAGGCAACAGCCACAGCCACAGCCAGCUCAAAGGUGAAAUGAAAAUGAACAAGGAAUAGCCAUUAUAGAUUUGUAUUCCCAGCAUAAAGAAAGAAAAAAAAGACAAUUCCCUUUUCCCUCUGCAAACGUCUUCUUCAUUCUCUCCCUCUCCCUCUUUUAUUUUGGCUGGUCCUUUUUAGAGAAAUCUCUGGUUUCGUCCCGUCAUCUCUCUCAGCCAUUUCUAAACAAACAAACUGCUUUGGCUCAUUGGUGCUUUGCUUUCGUCAUUGUUUUUUUUUUUUUUUGCCCCUCCAGAAAGAAACAGAGAACAAGUGAAAGCUAAGAAAAGAAUGCUGUCCGAGCUGAAUGGGAGUCCCUGGAUGGAUGACAACACUAACAGGGAGCACCAGCAAAACACUUCAACAACAUCACUCAACACUACAAACAACAGCAACUUAAUUAUUGAAAGCAGCAGCUGUGAAUUGAUGAUGGAGACAAAAGAAGAAAUGGGUUUCAAAUCCAUGCUUGAAGUAGCCGAAGAGGACUGGUACGUUGUGGGCAACAACAGCCACAACAACAACAACCACAGCAACGUCGUCAAGGAAAUGAGUUUUUCCACAGAUGGGUUAUUGCUUCACCACCACCACCACCACAACCAAGUCGAUUCCUCGUCGUCUUGCUCACCUUCCUCCUCGGUUUUCAACAACAUGGACCCUUCUCAGGUACCCUACUUUAUGCAACCCAUCAACAAGCAGCAGCCACCCCACCACUCUUCCUUAUCUUCCUUGCUAGCCAAUGUAGUCUCCAACAACAACAACAACCCUUUAGACCAUGGGUUCGAUUUGGGGGAGAUUGGGUUCCUCGACAAUCAAGUUGCUACAGCAACUGGUAACUUUCUGAACAGGGGGAGUGGUGGGUUGUUGUUGGGGAAUUGUGCUGAUUUUGGCUCGAUGAAUAACCAGAUGGGUGGUGCUGCUCACAAUUUGCCCCAAUUUGGGAGCAGUCCUCAUCAAAUGCUUCAAUUGCCUGAAACAGGGUUUAGAGGGUUUGAUGAGGGGAAUGGGAAGACUGGGCUGAUUUUGAAUAGGCCUAAGCUGUUGAGGCCACUAGAGAGUUAUCCUUCAGUGGGUGCUCAACCGACGUUGUUUCAGAAAAGGGCUGCCUUGAGAAAGAAUUUGAGCGGUGGUGAUGCAGGGAAUCUGGGAAUUUUGGGGGGUGUGACUGAGAGGGAUAAAGGGAAGAAGGAAAUGAUUCAAUCUAGUGAUGAAGAUAAUAAUGAGAAGAACAAGAGGAUGAUGUUGAGCUCAAAUGGUGGUGAUUCCUUUCUGGAUGACUUGAGCAUUGAUGGAUCAGUAGGGUUGAAUUAUGACUCAGAUGAGUUCACUGAGAACAGCACUAAGUUGGAUGAGAUUUGCAAAGCGGGCGGUGGAGGGCUGAGCUCCAAUGCUAACAGUGGUGUCACCGGUGGUGCUCCGGAUCAGAAGGGGAAGAAGAAGGGGCUUCCUGCUAAGAAUUUGAUGGCCGAAAGAAGGCGCAGGAAGAAGCUCAAUGACAGGCUUUACAUGCUGAGGUCUGUCGUUCCAAAAAUCAGCAAAAUGGACAGAGCUUCAAUCCUUGGGGAUGCAAUUGAGUAUCUGAAGGAGCUUCUGCAGAGGAUCAGUGACCUUCACAAUGAACUGGAAUCAACUCCUCCAGGGUCUUCUUCCUUGACACCAACAGCCACAACUCCAUUUCAUCCACUGACUCCGACCCCGUCGGCCCUCUCAGGCCACAUUAAAGACAAACUCUGCCCGAGUCCGAAUGGUCAACCUGCAAGGGUUGAAGUGAGAGUGAGAGAAGGGAGAGCUGUGAACAUCCACAUGUUUUGUGGGCGGAGGCCGGGACUUUUGCUGUCGACGAUGAAGGCCAUGGACAACCUUGGGCUGGACAUCCAGCAAGCUGUCAUUAGCUGCUUCAACGGCUUUGCCAUGGACAUCUUCCGGGCCGAGCAAUGCAAAGAAGGUGAGGACGUGCAUCCAGAGCAGAUCAAAGCCGUUCUUCUCGAUUCGGCUGGGUUUCAUGGGAUGAUUUAACCUUUAAGCUGAGCUCGGAGUAGUCGGAGUGCAACCUUAAAUUUGGUUCCAGUUAUAACAAGAAAGCAAAAGAAGAAUAGCCGUUAGUUUCCUGUUCCACCUGUUAGAUGGGGUAGAAUUAGGCAGUUGGGAUUUCGAGAAUCAGCGUAGUAGAUGGGGUCAAAAGCGUCAAAAUUUUAUGGUUUUAGGAAGUAUGAGAUUCAGAGAUUCGUUUCGAAAGUCUCUCGAGCGUUACUUAAGCUUUUGUUUUGAAAAUUUCCCCUCUUCAAUAUAAUCCUGACCGCAGAGUGGCAAACAAAUGAUAAAAUCAUGUCAAGUUACUCGGCAAACUCUUUUUUCUUUCAUUUUUAUGCUAAGUUAAUCAUGGGGUUAAAGACACAUUUGGUCACUGAGAUUACAAAAUCGGGACAUGUUUAGUCACUAGAA